AAAUUCCCAAGCAACUUGGGGUUGGCGAGAGAGAGAGAGAGAGAGAGAGAGAGAUUCAUCAACCUUCAAUUGCUUGAGAGCGACGCAAAUGGCGAUUCCAGUCUACUAGGAGGCCACCAUUUAUUGCUUCCGAUCUCUUCAUCUCUCUCAAAAAAAUCUCCAAUUCUCGCAAUAAGAGUUUACAGAAGUUUUUGAAAGGUGAAAGAUCAUGAUCAAGCUUGUUACCGGAGGUUACUCAUAUGGAAAAGCAUGGGAUCACAAGGAGAGAACAGAGCUUGUACAGAUUUUCAUUUCGCAUGAUGAUUAUGCUAUUAGAUCCUUACAAUUUCUUUAUUCCGAGUAUGGAAAGCUAGUUUUGUCUGACCCCCCUGAUGGUAGCUCUAUCGGAAACAGAUUCAGCACAGUUACGCUCCAAUAUCCAGACGAGUUUCUAACAUCACUAAAGGGAACUUAUUGCCCUGAAAAUUAUGGCUAUAGAAAAUUGAUUUCCAUCGAGUUCGGUACCAACCUAGGCAGAUAUGGACCGUUUGGACAGGCGUACAAGGGUGGCGAGUAUUUUGAUUUCCAAAUGGGCAACCAUCGGUCAUUCGGUGGAUUUUACGGCACUGUCAGGAACGGUGCUCUAGAGUCCAUCGGGGUCUAUGUCAAGCCAAUUUCCUGUUUGAGCAACCUCAACUCCGAUCUACAGGUCAAUGUCCGAAAUCUGCCAGUAAAGCCAAAGUGAAGAAUAUCUAUUCAGGCCUUUGAUCUAUUAUCGAUCACCACCUCUACAUUAGUUGGUGUGAUCAUGCCUAUUCUCGUUGGUUUAUCUGCACUUUGUUAUAGCUGGCUUCCCUUUUGUAUUAUUGCUUUUGGUUUAUUUGCCCGAAGAGUCUCGUAUGACAUAUAAAUAUAGCUUCUGCAUGGUGCCGCCAAUGAUACAGACAUUUUAACAUAAGUUUUGAGCAUAUGGUUUGGGCGGGGCGUGCCAGGCCCAGACAGCUUCUAACACACACAACACAACAUGGCACUUGA